CACACAUGUGACCUUGAUCUUUUAAUACUUCCUGAUUACAUUAUGGGAAAGGGUGAUGUCUUAUCUAUAAAGUGCAAUUUCUCCAAUAAGAAAUGACCAGAUCAUCUUGAACCACCAACCGACCAAAAUGACAGUCAUAAUUAUCCAGGUCUAACCUUAUGAGUAUGGCAUCUGUGAACCCUUCUUGUCAUCUUUGUGAAGAGGAAGAUGUGUCCAAUGUUGCAGUUGUUUGGUGUACGGAUUGUGAGACUUUUCUUUGCAAAGACUGCGAAAGACACCACAUCAAAAGUAAAGCUUCUAAAAGGCAUCAAACUUUAGCCCUGGAUAAUUACAAAAAACUGCCUUCGUUUAUUGUUGAAAUAAAAAGUCGUUGUGAAAAGCAUGAUGCAAAGUAUGACUUUUAUUGUAAAUUCCACGGCGACCCGUGCUGCGUUAAGUGCAUAAAGGACAAACAUAAAGAUUGCAGGGAUUUAGACCCAUUGGUUGAAGUUUUAAAGAAUAUCAAAACUUCCGCUAAAGUUUCAAAUUUGGACAAGGAGUUUAAUAAUUUACAUGAAAAUUUUGAAACAGUGGUAAAGUAUUUAAACUUUAGAACAGCCACCCUCGAGGAAAACAAAACAGAAUCCCUUCAAGAAAUACGAAAUCUGCGAGCUUCAAUAAAUAAGCAUUUAGAUGACAUAGAGAAGAAAUUAGUGGAUGAUUUAUCAGUGGAAUUUAAUAAGAUAAGAAUAAAAUAUGACAAUCUUACUAGUGAAAUGGAAGAUAAGAAGAAAUCUAUUCAACAUUUGCAAAAUGAUUUUUCAAAAAUGACCCUGUAUGCAGCAGACCUGCAGAUUUACUUAGGUUUGCAAUAUUUAGAGAAGUUGGCAUCAGAAGAAGUUGAAUUUCUUCUCAAUUUUCAGAGAAAAGGUCAAUUGGAAGAGAUUCGCUUGGGGACGAAAUUGUCAGCUGAUUUAAAAGAUUUUGCGAAUACCAUUAAGACAUUUGGCACUGCUAUAACACACUCAUCGCCAUCUACUUUCGAACUCAAAACUUCCGGCGAAUGUCAAGCGAAUAUAUCUUUUCCACAAACAUUAACAAUUGAUGAAAUUACACCAACACUGACAAAAAUACUGAUAAUACCGAAACAAAAUAACACUCCACGGAUUUUAGGUUGUCAAAUUUUACCUAAUGGUAAUAUUCUUGUUCUUGAUAAAGCCAAUAAACAAUUGCUGUUGUUUUCGAGAUAUGAAAUAUAUAGUGAAACAGUUCUCAUUUUCGAAGGCGAUCCAAAUGACAUUUGUUACAUUAAAGGCAAUUUGAUAGCUGUGACAUUUCACCGAUUAAAUCAAAUUUCCCUGCUUGACAUAUCAACGAAAAGGAUCACAAAGACCAUUUUAGUGGACGAUAACUGUUUUGGCAUUGACAGCAAUGGGGAAAUAUUAAUUGUGAAAUUACUAGGAAGAACAAAAUCAGUGUUUAUACUGGAUCUCGAAGGGAAUAUUUUAUCCAAGGUAAACGUACCAGCGGAUCGUACUAUUCGUAUUGCGCUAUGUAAAGAUAGUAUCGUCUGUACAGAUUGGAAAGAUAAUCUCGUCUCUUGUUACACCAAGGCCGGAGUCUUGUUAUGGAAACACAAACACGAAGACAUUUGCGAACCAUUUGGGAUAACAGUUGACAAAAAUGGAUUCAUAUAUGUUGCAUGCAAAAGAAAUGACAAGAUAGUAGUUUUAUCAGAAGACGGGAAAACGAGUAGAACAAUUCUGUCGAAAGAUAAUGGCAUUGUUGCUCCCCAUGCUAUAAAUAUAGACAAAACAUCAUCUACACUACUUGUUACAAAUUGUUCUAAUGAUGACGUCUUCGUUUUCGAAAUUUAAAAGUAAAACAAAACAGAAGAAAUGUUGUUAUAAUUAGAAUGAGUGAAUUCCGUGUGUCAUUUUGAUUUUGUUUUUGCGCGGCUAACUCUCGUUCUAAACGUCUGUUUUUCUUUCUAUCUAAAAAUGCAAAAUGUGCGGACGUGCAAAAUAAAAAAAUACAUUAUCAUUGCGAUUAAAAUAAAUUAUAAUUUUAUUCAA